AUGGCUGGGCGACACGAAGACGCCGCACAUCUCCUACCGCUCGACGACCUCCCUUCCUCGAGCAGAAACUCGGAGGACUCCAUCUCUUCUGCAUCAACUACAAGCCUAGUCUUCGAACGUAUCAGUGAACGUGUGGAGGCCGAGAAAGUUGCAUCCUUCAGUGAGGAGGGGAAUAUGGUUACUCCGAAGUUCCCACCAAAGGGGAGACCUAUGACCUUGCCCGACAACGGUCGUGGGGGACUCUAUGAGAUCGACGAGGAGAAGGAGGAGGACGACCUGGAAAGCGGUCCCUUUUUGAACAAUGGGAACAACGACGGCAAUGGUGCAAAGACAGUAGAUACCAGGCUUCGAAGACUUAUAUGGAUCGUUGGUGGUAUUUUCGUUGGCGCAUGGCUGCUUGCUCUCGCUCUUUUCCUGGUCCGGCAAACGUACCGGCACUCAUCCGACAUCCCUCAUGAUCCUACUGCGACGGGCUCUCGAGGCUCGGGAAAGAAGGUUACAUUGGAUCAGGUUAUGGGUGGACAAUGGCGUGCGCGAAGACAUGAUAUAAGUUGGAUCGAGGGUGCCAACGGCGAAGAUGGAUUAUUGCUAGAGCAAGGCGCUUCGGGCAAAGAUUAUCUAGUCGUGGAAGAUGUCAGGAGUCAGAAACAGAAACCUGGCACACCCACGGCGGCAGCAGCGAAGACAUUGAUGAAGCAAGGUUCCUUCACAUACAAUGGCGAAAACUACAGCCCCAGCAAGGUCUUUCCGAGCAAGGAUUUGAAGCAUGUCUUGGUCGCGACGAAUACACAAUCAAAUUGGCGACAUUCAUUCUAUGCCAACUAUUUUAUUUUUCACGUUGAUACACAAACAGCAGAGGCAUUGGACCCGGCUGCUCCAGAAGAGAGGAUCCAAUUAGCAAGCUGGAGCCCGCAAAGCGACGCUAUUGUAUUUACGAGGAACAAUAACCUCUUCCUCCGUCAACUAUCCUCCCAAAAUGUCACACAAAUAACGACUGAUGGCGGGCCCAACCUAUUCUACGGCGUCCCGGAUUGGGUCUACGAAGAGGAAGUGUUUUCCGGGAACAGUGCCACGUGGUGGGCGGAAGAUGGCAAAUAUAUCGCAUUUCUACGAACGAACGAAUCUUCAGUGCCCGAGUAUCCUGUCCAAUACUUUCUUUCCCGACCGAGCGGCGAGAAACCUAAACCAGGUCUCGAAAACUAUCCCGAAGUCCGAGAGAUCAAAUAUCCUAAAGCUGGAGCGCCCAACCCAACAGUCGACUUGCAAUUCUACGAUGUUGCCAAAGGUGAUGUAUUUGAGGUCAAAAUUGCUGGCAGCUUUCCUCCCGACAAUCUACUGAUUACUGAAGUCGUCUGGGCCGGGGCUACAGGCAAGGCUUUAAUUCGCGAAACCAAUCGAGAAAGUGAUGUUUUGCGAGUCAUCCUUGUCGAUGUUGAAUCACGAACGGGCAAAAGUGUACGCCAAGAAGACGUGGCUAAACUCGACGGAGGCUGGUUUGAAAUCUCUCAAAACACACGAUAUGUUCCCGCGGACCCAGCGAACGGAAGACCGCAUGAUGGUUAUAUCGAUACCGUCAUUCACGAGAACUACGAUCAUCUGGGCUAUUUUACACCCAUGGACAAUCCACAGCCAAUCUUGUUAACCUCCGGUAACUGGGAAGUAGUAGACGCUCCCUCUGCGAUUGACCUCAAAAACAACUUGGUUUACUUUCUCUCGACUAAAGCUUCUUCUAUCCAAAGACAAAUUUAUAGUGUCAAAAUCGAUGGAACGGACCUCAAAGCAGUUACAGAUGACAGUAAAGAAGGCCAUUACGCGAUAAAAUUUUCAAGUGGCGCUGGCUAUGCACUAUUAAACUACGACGGUCCUGACAUCCCCUGGCAAAAGGUCAUCAGCACACCCAGUAACGCUGAUCAAUAUGAAGAUCUCAUUGAGAAAAAUGAUAACCUGGCUGAAAUGGCGAAGAAGCACGAACUUCCCAUUGAGAUUUAUUCAACUGUUAACAUCGACGGGUUUGAUCUGAACGUGGUUGAGAUUAGACCACCACACUUCAAUGAGAAGAAAAAAUAUCCUGUUCUUUUUCAUCUUUACGGCGGUCCUGGCUCACAGACGGUUACCAAAAGCUUUACUGUAGACUUUCAAUCAUAUAUCGCGGCGAAUCUCGGAUACAUUGUUGUGACAGUGGAUGGCCGAGGAACUGGAUUUAUUGGUCGAAAGGCGCGCACCAUCAUCAGAGAUAACAUUGGAUAUUAUGAAGCUCGCGAUCAGAUCGAGACUGCUAAAAUAUGGGGAGCUAAGAAAUAUGUCGAUAAGUCUAGAAUAGCCAUCUGGGGUUGGUCUUAUGGAGGCUUUAUGACGCUCAAGACCUUAGAGCAAGACGCUGGACAAACCUUUUCAUACGGCAUGGCUGUUGCGCCUGUCACGGAUUGGCGAUUCUACGAUUCUAUCUAUACGGAGCGAUACAUGCAUACCCCGCAACACAACCCAGGAGGAUAUGAUAAUUCGAGUAUCAGUAACAUGACUGCUUUGCAUCAGAAUGUCAGAUUUCUCGUUAUGCACGGUGUGGCAGACGAUAAUGUGCACAUGCAAAAUUCCUUGGAACUUAUAGAUCACCUCGAUUUGGCUGGUGUUGAGAACUACGAUGUUCACGUGUUUCCGGACAGCGAUCAUGGCAUUUACUUUCAUAAUGCCAAUAGAAUUGUCUAUGACAAGCUAAGCAACUGGCUUAUCAACGCUUUCAACGGAGAAUGGCUUCGAACGGCGAAUGCUGUUCCUUUACAAAUAGAUGCUGCAGAACGCAAGGCUUAG